UCUCCUUGCUAUUCUUCUUCGUUUUUUUUUUUCCAGUAAAUUCGACGCGAGAGAGAACUCGAGAACUCGAGGACUCCAAAACGAGAGAGACAAAAGCCUAACCCAGUUCCCCUCGAUCGAAUCGAUUCCCACAGGCGAUAUCCUCUGAUCCCUCCAAAUCCCUGCCGGAUCCCCAUCGCUCCACCCUGCCUGCGAUCCCAUUCCCUCGCCGCCGGGCCGCUGUGGAACCCUAGGUCCCUCCCCCCCCCCCACCGCCCCCCGCUCUCCGCCUUUGGGCUUCCCCUUUUCCGCUCCAGAUCCUUUCAUGAGAAUCGAUUCUUGGCCUGAAUGAUGCCGGAGAUCGUCGUUGCGCUGGAGAAGGAGCUCCCCAUCUCGCCGACGAGCUCCCGGUCGGUGACGCAAACCGUGAACGGGUCCCACAAGUUCGUGAUCCAGGGGUACUCCUUGGCUAAGGGGAUGGGAGUCGGGAAGCACAUCGCCAGCGACACGUUCACGGUGGGAGGGUUCCAGUGGGCGAUCUACUUCUACCCCGAUGGGAAGAACCCCGAGGACAAUUCGACUUAUGUCUCGGUAUUCAUCGCGCUGGCGAGCGAAGGUACCGACGUGAGGGCCCUCUUCGAGCUGACCCUCGUGGACCAGAGCGGGAAGGGGAAGCACAAGGUUCACAGCCACUUCGAUCGGUCGCUGGAGAGCGGGCCGUAUACCCUCAAAUACCGGGGUAGCAUGUGGGGUUAUAAGCGCUUUUUCAGACGAACUGCACUUGAGACAUCAGAUUACCUUAAAGAUGAUUGCUUGAAAAUCAAUUGCACCGUUGGUGUUGUGGUGUCAGUUAUGGAUUCACCCAGAUUACACUCGAUACAGGUUCCAGAAUCUGAUAUAGGAAUGCAUUUUGGUAUGCUUCUGGAUAAGCAGGAAGGAUCUGAUGUAGUUUUUGAUGUUGCUGGUGAGAAAUUUCAUGCUCAUAAGUUGGUGUUAGCUGCUCGAUCCGCUGUGUUUAGAGCUCAGUUUUUUGAUGAGUUGGAUUGUGAAAAGAGUGAGAUUGUUGUGACAGAUAUGGAGCCUAAGGUUUUUGAGGCAAUGCUCCACUUCAUAUAUAGAGAUACAUUUAUUGAAGAUGAUGUGUUGGUUGCAUCAAGUUCUCCUGUAUCUUCCAUGUCUGAUACUUUGGCUGGAAAAUUGUUAGCUGCAGCAGAUAAGUAUGGCUUGGAAAGGCUUCGAUUGAUGUGCGAGUCUUAUCUGUGCAAGGAUAUGUCUGUGGAUUCAGUUGCUAGCACCCUUUCAUUGGCUGAUCGUUAUCAUGCUUUGGAACUCAAGGCUGCUUGUCUUAAAUUUGCUGCAGAAAACCUUGCAGGAGUUACUGGAAAGAAGUAUUCAUACAAGCCUCCCCUUGAUUCGCUGUGAUGCGAUCAAAUGGAUUCCAGUAUCUUAAAGACACUUGCCCGUCACUGCAGUCAGAACUCCUGAAGAUUAUUGCGGGCUGUGAAGAGGAAUGCAGCAGCGGUGAAAAGAGCCGGAGUGUAUGGGCCCAGCUCUCAGAUGGGGCAGAUUCCAGUGGCCGGAGGGUAAGGCCUAGGAUGUGAUCCCAAGUAAAUGCUCAGUUACUAAGUUGUAAAUGGCAGUAAUGUGUGUCAAGAAAGGGGUAUAGAAAUGACUUUAGCUUUGUUGUACUUCUCUUUGUAUGCUCCAUGGAUAACGAUUUGAUGCUAUAAACUGGAGGUCUUUUUGUAUCAGAAGACAUUUUAAAUAGUGCAUUGCCGAAUAGAUGCUUGUUGUCUCUCACAAGAUUACUAGAAGCAAGCCAAGUCAAAGGAUAUUCUCCUUUGACUCGUACAGCAUCAUGUCUCAAA